AUGCCUGUGUUCCCGACGUUGGCGGCGUUCUUUCGCCGUCAUAAGAGAAAGAUCCUCUGGACUUCCGCGGUGGGCUUUUCAGUGUACUUCCUUGUGAACCAGUUCAUCAUCAAGAAGUUCCGUAACUUCCAGAAUUCUUUGAAGCAAGAGCUUUUUGUUAAAGAGCAGAUAAGACGUCGUUUUAUCCAGACCCAGCAAGAUUGCUACUUGACCAUAUUGGCCUUGUUGCCAGUGUUAACUCAGCCUGUGCUCAACUUUUUGCCUACUGAGGCGAUCACCCUGGCUCUCAAGAGAAAGAAGAACGUCAAUAAGGAAAUGAGCGAUUCAUUAACCACUGAGAACUUGAUGGCUCAUUCCAACCAGGACAAUGCCGCAUCGACUUCGGAUUUGCUGGUUUUCUUAUCCAAGUCCAAACUCGAAUUGUGGCACGACUUGAAGGUUAAGUCCAUCUCCAGAAUCCUUGCGCUCAUCUACUCCGCUGCUGGCUUGCUUUUGCUUACUCGUCUCCAGCUCAACAUCUUAGCUCGUAAGGCGUAUCUUGAGCUGGCAAUUGUGAUGGCGGGAGGUUCUGUGCCGCAAAACUCCCAAUCCUCAUUUGACUACUUUAUUGAGCAAAGUUAUCUCUCCUUGAGUUGGUGGCUCCUUAACCAUGGUUGGAUGCGCAUGGCCAACGGACUUGAAAGCCUCGUGGAGAGCAAGUUCAAGGAGAUAACGCCUAAGACCGAAUUGUCUGUGGAUACCUUCACCCAAAUGCUCGCUGAAAUUAACGCCGGAGUCAUUGCCGAUGGCCAGCUCGUGAAGAACCUUCUUUUCCCAACCGAAUAUGAUAACUUGAUCGAGACCCUUAUGAACACCAACCCAGAGCUCGUCAAUGAACUCGAAAAUCAAGACUCCAACCUCGUGAAGCUCAUCAAUGAAACCAACUUCAUCAUAGCGAACGACUUCACCUUGCAUGUAUUCUCUCUGCUUGUGAGAAACGGUGUGGACACAUUGGGCGACAGCAUCUCCGUUGCUCUCAACCCUGAAAACGUUCCCGGAAGAUUACAUAAGCUCGCUACCUUUUUGGCGCAGUUGUCAGUCCAGUCUAGUGUGAUCUGCGAUCCACAGAACGCCGAAGAGGAAGGAGAAGUCACUGGAAACAUCUACAUCAACAACUUUAACGACUUAGACGAACUUGAUGAGUUCAGCGCCAGUAUCUAUUCAAACUUUGAAUAA